UAAUAAUCUAUGAUUGGCAAAGAACAAGUCGAUGUUAUUGAUUAAUAUGCAUAAUCAAUUGUUAAUUAUGUUGACAAUUAACAAAAAAGUAUGUACAUGUUCCUAUUUAUUAAAAGUUAUUUAAUUGAAAACAUCUACAAUCUAAAAAUUGAAUGAGGUGACAAUUGUGCAUUACUAAAAAAACUUAGAUAAAAUAAAUUAAAUUCGAUCAGAGUUUGAAGAAACUAAAAGCAUUUGUAAGUUAUUCAAUCUUUUAUCAAGAUUGUAGAAAAUAAAUUAGAUGAAAAUAUUUAGAAAAUCAAUUAAAUUUAGAAUUCUAUUGAAGGUAUGGAAUCAUCUGUAGAUCAUUUGGAUUCUAUUUUAAAAAGGAUUGAAACUAAAUUGACAGAAUUAGAAAAAUUGAAACAAUGA